AUGGCGUCGCGAAAUGGGAUUGUAUUUGAGGAUUUCUUUCCUGCCAUGGUGGAGAAGUUAGGAGCUGAAGGGUUUAUGAAUGAGUUGUACAGCGGGUUUCAAUUGUUGGUGGAUGAAGACAAGGGUUUGAUCACAUUUGAGAGCUUGAAGAGGAAUUCAGAAUUGCUUGGAUUGCAAGACAUGAGUGAUGAUGAAGUAAGGUGUAUGUUGAGAGAAGGUGAUUUAGAUGGGGAUGGUGCUUUGAAUGAGAUGGAGUUUUGUACACUUAUGUUCAGGUUGAGUCCUGGGUUGAUGAUGAAUUCAAGGAAAUUGUUGGUAGAGGCUAUUGUUAGUGAGAUGUAG